AUGGAUACUCUGAUUGCCUUUAUCAUUUUUGGUGCAGUUUUUCUUCUGGUAACUGGUUUAACUUACGCAGGCGUGCUGAUGUCGAUAGUUUGGAAUCGCAGCCUGCAUGACAGCUCCAACUUCUUCCUUGCCAAUCUCUACGUAUCGGACUUUCUUCUGAGCUUGGCUAUCUUCGUGCACUGCAUGUUCUCUGGUUUGAACUCCGCUGAUAAAGCUUUGGAGGUUCGGAUGCUAACGGUUGUCUCCGGAUUGGCCAUCGGUAGCUACUGCCUGAGCUCUGUGGUCGUGGCCGCAGACCGGUAUUUUAGGGUUGCCAGGCCCCUGUGGUACGCGAGUUUCAUGACCAACACGAGAUGUGCUCGCAUCAUCGCUGGCUCCUGGGCCUUACUGGCCGGCACCGCAAUCAUCUGGCAAUUGGUAAUAACAUUCCUUGCAAGAACAGAUGUAGAUCUCAUUCAACAAUUUGGUGACGAUAGUGGCAACAAAACGCAACCCUCCUCCGAUGACAAAUACGGCAUCAUGAUUUCCACGUCUUAUGUCAUUUUCAUCGACAUUUUGACCAUCCCAUGUCUGCUUUCAACGGCUUGUUUUUGCAUCGGUCUGGUCCGCAUAGCCAGGGCUCAGGCGCGUAGAAUACAUGAUGAGGCAAGGGCCAUGGGGCAUGUCCGGUCACGGUCUCUCGAUCAGCAGGUGGACUCUGUCCAAGCGGGGCCCAGGGCUCCUCCUUCCCCGCCACCUGCCCGUCAGCCCAACAGACGCAGAACCAACACCUACUUGCGCGUGUACCUAGCCUCCUUUGUGUUCUGCUGGAUCUAUCCAAUGAUCACUUGGGAUGAUCUACGUUCAUGCCAGGCUGUCAAUGUCAAAUCGAUGAAGAAGCAGCAGCAGAAGAAAAAUAUUGAAAAACUGCAGUGCCGGCAACGCCGGAUAAAUUGCGACGCUGCUGACAGCCGGGACCCGCACCCAAAAUUUGUUGUGGAGAGUGCAGUGCUCGCUAGGAAAUUAUGGUGUGGAUUCAACGAGGUGUUGGAUCGAAAUCAACGAUAUUUUGCAGCCUAG